AUGAAGACUACUGUCCAAGUACUGGCAUUUGCUCCAAUGCUUUCUGUAGCUUUAGCAGAUCGCACCUUCCCAAAAUGCAAAUCGGGAGAUGUCGGAACUUUUGACGCCACGACGUGCAAGAGAAAGGUUCACAGAAUGGGCAAAGGCUCACGUGGGCAGGCUGGAGUGUUCCAAGGGGGCUCCGCUCAUUGGGACUGGGAAGUCGAUACACCUUUGUAUCAGAUCAACAUCUGGGAUAGUACUGCCUGUGUCAUGGAAAUAGCCACAGACGGGGAUGUUAGGCAAGAUGUCGUACUCCCACCAGCUAACGCAGGCGACCCCAACUGGAAUGGACCUGGAUGCUGCCUGGACAGUAGUCUUAUUUACGGCAUUACUGAUGUUUGGGUGUGGAAUUGA